ACAAGGGAAAAGUGGAAACUGAAAAGUGCAAAUAAACAUAAAAACAAAAUAGUAAAACAGUAAAAAGUGGAGAUCCGGAGAUCAACCCGAAGCGGACCUGCUGUAAUUAUAUAGGAGCGGAGAGGGGUCAGUCCCUUCAAACCCUAGCGAAAAAAACCAUCCCUUUCCUAUCUCUUUUCUCUCUCUGAAGCCCCGUCCAUGGCUUCACGCAGAAUCGUAUCGUCGCUUCUCCGAUCGGCCUCGCGGCGAUCCGCGUUGUCGUCGAAUUCCAACCCUAAACUCUUCUCCCCUUCCCCUGCAUCCGCCCGCCGCGCAUCUCCUUAUGGCUACCUCCUCACCCGUACCUCUGAGUACGCUACCUCUGCCGCCGCCGCGGCCCCUCCGCAAUCGGCUCCCGUGAAGACCGGUGGAAAGGAUGUAGGUAAGAUCACCGAUGAUUUCACCGGGAAAGGUGCGAUCGGGCAGGUGUGCCAGGUGAUUGGUGCUGUCGUCGAUGUUCGAUUCACUGAGGGUCUGCCUCCGAUCUUGACCGCUCUCGAGGUGUUGGAUCACUCGAUCCGUCUGGUUUUGGAGGUGGCCCAGCAUUUGGGAGAGAAUAUGGUCAGGACCAUUGCUAUGGAUGGUACUGAAGGUUUGGUCAGAGGCCAGCGUGUCCUCAACACCGGUUCUCCCAUAACUGUGCCGGUGGGCAGGGCUACUCUUGGCCGUAUUAUGAAUGUUAUCGGAGAGCCUAUUGAUGAGAAGGGAGACAUCUGUAAGAACUCUCUCCACUUCCUGCCCAUCCAUAGGGAAGCUCCAUCCUUUGUUGAGCAGGCUACUGAGCAGCAAAUUCUUGUCACUGGUAUCAAGGUUGUUGAUCUCCUUGCACCAUACCAGAGGGGAGGAAAGAUUGGGUUGUUCGGUGGUGCUGGUGUAGGGAAAACAGUGCUGAUUAUGGAACUUAUCAACAACGUUGCAAAGGCCCAUGGUGGCUUCUCUGUUUUUGCUGGUGUUGGGGAACGUACCCGUGAGGGUAAUGACUUGUACAGAGAAAUGAUUGAGAGUGGUGUCAUUAAGCUUGGGGACAAGCAGGCUGACAGCAAAUGUGCUCUUGUGUACGGUCAAAUGAAUGAGCCACCUGGUGCUCGUGCACGUGUUGGUCUCACUGGUCUGACUGUUGCAGAGCACUUCCGUGAUGCUGAAGGCCAGGAUGUGCUUCUCUUUGUUGAUAACAUUUUCCGCUUUACUCAGGCCAACUCAGAGGUGUCUGCCUUGCUUGGUCGUAUCCCAUCAGCCGUGGGGUACCAACCAACUCUUGCUACGGAUCUUGGAGGACUCCAAGAGCGUAUUACAACCACCAAGAAGGGUUCCAUUACUUCCGUGCAAGCUAUCUAUGUGCCAGCUGAUGAUUUGACAGAUCCUGCUCCAGCCACCACUUUUGCUCACUUGGAUGCCACCACUGUGUUGUCGCGACAGAUUUCAGAGCUGGGUAUCUAUCCUGCUGUGGACCCACUGGAUUCCACAUCCCGUAUGCUUUCUCCUCACAUUCUAGGAGAAGACCACUAUGGAACUGCUCGUGGAGUGCAGAAGGUUCUUCAGAACUACAAAAAUCUUCAGGAUAUUAUUGCCAUUUUGGGUAUGGAUGAGCUCAGUGAAGAUGACAAGUUGACGGUUGCUCGUGCCCGUAAGAUUCAGAGGUUCUUGAGCCAGCCUUUCCAUGUUGCUGAGGUUUUCACGGGUGCCCCCGGCAAGUACGUUGAGCUGAAGGAGAGCAUUGCCAGUUUCCAGGUACUCAUCAACUGUUGCUCUCUGUGGAGUCGCUUUUUGAUUCGUAUCAUUUUAGGUUGUUUGGCUGAUAAUUGUUGGUCUGUGAUCAGGGUGUGUUGGAUGGAAAGUAUGACGACCUCCCAGAACAGUCGUUUUACAUGGUUGGAGGGAUCGAAGAGGUGAUCGCCAAGGCCGAGAAGAUUGCCAAGGAAAAUGCAUAGAGUAAAACAAAGGGCCUCUUUUUCUUCUUUUAGUGUGAGGCGGGUGGAAUCCCAUCUUGAAAACUUGGCUUUUUAAUCUUUGGCGUUCCCCUGCUCUCUGAUAAUUCCGAAAAUCAAUAAUCUGUGUUUUAGACAGUUACAAGGGAGUGGAUUCCUUGCCAAAGGAUGAUAUGUUCAAAUUUUUUUGAGACUAGAAAAGAUUGCGGAUCACGCUUUUCUGAGUUUAAUUAUUAGGUUUCUGAGGGCCCCGAAUCGGAUGGAGUAGUAUAGAGCCCCCCUUCCAGUUCUUUUAUUUUGUUCAAUAAGCUGUUGACGGUGAUGUUAAAAAAUCAUGAAACGGGUAGUUGUAUAUCAAAUCGCUGCCCUUGUGAUCUGACCUUACCUUACCUUUCUAAAUGGCUUUGCUAGUUUCCUUUUCUCAUCAUGGCUGGGGUUUUUU